AUGAAGCAACAAGUGGGACUUACUUACAGAUGGAUAGCAUCCGACGCAGAUUUCAACAAAUUCGCGAUCAAAUUCAGCAUCCUCCUCGUCGCGACGCUGAUUCCUCUGUUGAUGCUUUCUCGAGAGGGAGGAGAACCUGUGUUCAUCGCUAUCGGUAACCUCGAGAUAUCGAAAUUAACUUUCCGUGGUACGAUGUGGUUUUUGGGUACGACGAUGGCGUCUGCUUGUUAUUCUCAGUUUAUUAGCUGCGUUGUAAGAACUGCUGUGUACGAUUCAGUCUUCCAAAGGCUUGGGGUAGAUUUGGCUAUGAUACACGGUUUCUUCGCCAUGGUGUUCUUCCUCAUGAGCUUGUUCGGAUUCUGGGGAAUUGUAUGUGUACCGGUUUCUCCUCCGGUUCUUCUUUUGGGUCUCCAAUUCGGCAAGCGUUUCUGAUCGUGCUACCCAACUCUUUCCCUUGUCUCCAAGAGCCUUCGAUCUCUUAUAGCCUCACCGGAGCUUUACAAGACACGAUCCCUCCUAGGGCACACGGAACGUUGUCUCUAUGUGUGCAUAGGGUACCCUACCCCCAACUGGUACACUCUCUGCCGUGUACCUGACCGUACAAAGAAGAAUUCAAGUGGCAAUAUUCUGGUCCCAAUACCAUCUCCUUAUCCGCAAGUGUCGUCGAAUAUCGUCGCGGUUGGUUCGAGUAUCUACAAAAUUGGUGGGGAUGUGUUCUCUUCUGAUAUGGUCUUUGUCCUGGAUUGUAUGUCCAAAAUUGGUGGGGACUAUGCUCCAAGCAUGCCGGUGUGCCGAACCAAAUCCUCCACAGCUAGCUCAGUUGACGGUAAGAUAUAUGUCGCAGGAGGUUGCGAAGAUCGUAGUUCUAACUGGUUCGAAGUCUUUGAUCCAGAGACUCGAACCUGGAGCUCUCUACCAAGACCUAGCGCGGAAGUACGCAAUGAUGAUUCACCCGAAAGCGUAGGGUUUGAAGGAAAGUUCUACUUGUUUGGGUAUAAUCCCAGGGUUCUGCCUGUGGCUUACAGUCCCAUGGAAGGUAGAUGGAACCGUUUACGAUUUGCGAGUUCGGCAAAUUGUGUGAUAGGCAACCUCUUUUACAUAUUUAAUUACGACAAAGAGGUACAUUGGCUUGACCCGAAGGGAAGAUGGUGGAGUAGAGUUAGAGGUUUAGAAGAUUUGUGUAUUUCCUGCUGCGGUGACCGUUGUAAAGUGGCGGAGUCCGGUGGAAAUAUGGUGAUUUUGUGGGACGAGUGUGAUGGCGAUCAAGAAAAGGUGAUUCGGUGUGCGGAGAUUUCACUUGAAAAGCGCGUUGGAGAUGAGAUUGAGAUGUGGGGAAAGGUUGAGUGGUGUGAUGUUGUUCUUAGAGUCCCCAAGUCACAUGACUCGUUGGUUGUGAAUGUUGUUUCUGCUAUUGUUUGA